CGACAACGUCGCGUAAGUAUGGAGUUCAGCCGAUUGAUUUUAGUAAUUUGAAGAUAGUACACUACAAGAACGCUGAUCCCAGUGAAGACGUCUUACUUGUUUAAUCUAUUUCCCCUAGUUGUUUCAUCUCUUUCAUUACCAUUACCUAUUUUUUCCCGCGACGAAACCAUGCCACCCAAAGGCACAAGAAACAAGCAAAAGCCGCGCCGCCGUCGUGGCGCGAAUGAAAAAGAAGCACCCGACGAGGUUGCUGAUGCUGCUCCUGCGGUAGCUUCUGCGAGUACAACGAAAACGACGAGCGCGCCGCAGGUGGCAAAUGUGGACAAUGCAAGCGCGCUACUCUCCGACCCGAACGUGUUCCUGCUCAUGCUCUACCAGCUGCAACACCCGGAGAAGAUCAUCAUGCCCAACGUUGGCAAAAUGAUGGAGUGUCUGUGGCUCACGGCUGUGAUGCGCCUCCACCGUUCUGGCUGGACGUGUGCUGGGGAUCCCCAGCAGGCCAUAAACCAUCUACGCAUAAUCGAAGACGACAAGGAAGGCUGCACGAGCGCAGACGAGAAGAAGAAAAUGAAAAAUCACGUGCGAUUCCAGUCUUCCCGCGACACAGAGUUUUACUGUGUCAAAAACGGUGUCCGAAGCGAAAAUGUGUCAGUUUUAGAUGUGCACUUGGAAGACGAAACGUGGCAGCUGUAUCUGAUGCAGUGUGUCCCGAUGCUCACCACGGCGAACGUGUUCGCUGGGCGCCUCCGCUGGCCGGUGGAAGUGGUGCAUUUCAAUCCAAGCUAUGUGAGCCAGCCUCUUGCCGUGCUGGACAUUUUGUGCGUGGACGAAGACGGGGAGUCUUACGCAGUAAUGCGGAAUCUCGUGCAGGGCGCGUGGCGCGGAAUUGACGUGGACUUCUGGCGGCCGGCUGUGGUGAAGAGUAGCGAAUCGCCCGCUAGCGGACCGAUCGGACACGAAGACGAGACAGGAAAAAGUGGUAAAAUACAAGAGCGGGCGGUUCCUUCUUCGGCCAACCAAGAUCGGCAUUUUGGGCAGAUGGACAUGGCACAGCUGCCAGGCAUGGCACCGCAAGACUCCUGGCUGACCUCGACCAUGUUUGGUUUAACCGCUCUGACCAUUCGCACACUAAUGAACAAGAUACAGAAAGGCGAGCACCAAAGCAGCCCGAAAAUCAAGAUUCUUUUCGUUGGCUUAGGCUGCGGUCAAUUAGUCUCUGCGAUCGCCCGAUAUUUUUACCGGGAUAAUGCGCGACUCAACGGUGAUUUGCUGCAACUGGACGUAGUGGAGCCCAAUAAUCAAGUUUUCGAAUACGCAAAGACGUUUUUUGGCUUCGCUGGUACAAAAGCGGUUCAUCUUGCACAGGACGGUGCACCUACGGACGAAGUUGCGGAAGAAGAUGCGUUUAGCAUUGCGACGUACCAAGGACCAGGUAAAGAAGGCGCGUUGCGCGACGACACGGAAGAACAAAACGCGAAGCCGCGUGCCGCGAAAAAGAAGAAAUCAGUGGCGAAUUUGCGUGCCCUCCCAGAGGUGAUUUCCGCUCGUGUUUUCCCAGAGACGUUGGAAAGCUUCGCCGCGCGCGAGGAAAAUGUUGGAGCCUACGACAUUGUCGUCGUAGGUGAGGAGCCUGCUUCGACGCUCCUUCAAGUGACCAGCAAGGAAAACAACGAGGCAGGCUCUUCUAGUACUCUCUCCCAGCUCAACGCUUGUCUGCGGAAUGAAAAUCUCGGCACACUGAUUCUUCGUGAGCAUGGCUGUACCGGCGGGAAUAUUGCGAAGCAGCGUCAGAAAGCUGAGAACAAGAUGGAAUCCGUGCUCCAGGUUGCGGAGUUCCAGUUGCGUGGAGCGCAGGAGGAGGAACAUGGAUCCCCCGCGGAUGACAACGACAAGUUGAGCAAAACCUGGUGCACGGAUCAAGAAGACGUUGUCGUGUUUGCGAGACGAGGCGCUGAGAGUCUGGAACUUAGUCUGCAUGAGUGGGACGAACAGGUGGUCGAGGCCGAAGAUCGGGCGAUUUUGCAAAAGCCGAAUUUUUCCUUCGGCCAAAAAGACGACGCGGAUCUGGAAACCCCAAGGGAACAGGCGGACGAGAAAGAGAGCAAGCAGCCCCCACUUCCCACCUUGCGCGACGCCCAGCAAAUGCCUGUUGUGAAAUUACGCAAUGUUCUCACAGCGGAUGAAAUUUCGCAAAUCGAACGACUCGCGCAAGACUGUGCGGACGAGAGGAUCGGGUCCGAGGUACGGUCGCACGACAAGAGGAAGGCCUGGAAGGUGCUGUUUUUGCAGCAGGGGCUACGCUUUCAGACGGAAUUUCCCGAGAUUUGCGAGAAAAUUUUGCAACGAGUGAAGAAAGCAGACAAAGAAAACUGGGACCUGAUUCAGGACGGCAACUUCAACAUGCGGGUAAUCGAGUAUCACAGACAGGUUGCGCCGUCGCCCGGGUUACCCGAUCCCUGGCACUACGACCAGGAUUCCUUGCUCACAUUGGACAUUUUGCUCUCCGAAAGUGUUUCCUCCUUUUCUGGUGGGGACUUUGGGACGCUGGAAAAGAAUGGUGAUUUGGAAAAACACAACUUCGAAAGCCAAGGUGACGCUCUGCUGUUCGUGUCCCACAAGUACCACUGUGUGCAGCCGGUAACUGCGGGGGAGCGCCGGGUGCUGGUCAUCGAGUUCUGGCGUUGGCCGACGAGGAGUUGCGGACACAGGUGCGAGGUGGCGGCACGGAGGAGUUGUCCGCUAGAAGAGAUCAAGCACGUCGCAGGGGAAGCGUCAGUAGAGAAAAAUGAUGAAAAGCAACCGCCCCCUACUCCCAAGACUGCGGAAAAAAAGCGGAAUGAGUUGCAGAUGGAAGGGCAAGUAGACGUCUCCGCCUGCUUACCCUUGCCAAUGCGCUUGGGCAAUGUCUCGGAGCAGGAGCAGACCGAGGAAAGCAGCUCGCACUGCCUCCGCAUUCUCUGGCAGAGCAACGAAGUCCAAGCAGGGAAAUUCACUGCGUUACCCGAAACACUCGAUCAAAGCAACGAGGCCUGGGAUCUAUUCGAUUGAGAAGGCUAGCCCAAGUUAGUCUACCUAGCACUGUCCCCACCUCAUGGUUCUCUGUAAGCUUAAACGCUUUGUGUACUCAUUUAGAAUUGCAAGUGCAACAAACGCAGUUCAUCGACGCUACAAGUUCAUAUCAGCAUACCCACACGCGCAGUGAGUACGAUCAACGAAAAAAAAUUUUCU